AUGGACGGGUCUGGAGAUCGGCUUCUCCAGGAUGACGUUUUUGUACGAGGAGGCUACGAGGUACCAGGCGCUCACCAAAGCAUCCAUAUCUUCGCCUUUCGCGACGCCUCUCAGUCGACGCGAAGCGGCAACAUCAACUCGCAGAACGCGAUUUAUGUUGGAGACUUAGAAGCCGCAGUCGAUGACUUCGACAUUUCUGAGUUUUUCGACCUCCAGAAUGCGGCGUUGGAUCCCGACGACGCGCACCCCUCACCAUCCGAACCACAAUUGACGACCGCGACGACCACGAAUACUUUACGCUCCACAGGCUCGGAGGACAUCCUUCGGUCUCCUAGCGGAGACCCCACCCAGUGUUCUCGGCAUGUCAUGCUCGAUGGCUCCGGAGGCGGCAGAGAGUCCAAUAUUGCGAAAACGACCUCGACCCUCCUGUCUCCGCUGUGGCACUGGCCAAUUGACCAUAUCACAAUUCAGAUUCAACCCCGUCCUAAUAAUGCGUUCAUCACAGUUCCGAAUGACCGCGACGCUCAACUCUCGUGGAACAUGAAGAGAAAGGCGUCGCAAGAGGACAUCACAGGAAACCCUUGCUUCAACCCAAAUGUCGGACCAGGAUCAACGAAGAAGCGGAAGAAACUUACUGCCGAGCAACUUGAGAGCGCUAGGAGCAUUCGUGCACAAGGGGGUGCAUGUCUUCGGUGCUAUGUCCAGAAGCAAAAGUGCUCAGAGGGCAGGCCAUGUGGGGGAUGCCAAAAGUUGUUCAACAAGGCAUACGGAUCCAAAACGCUACAAUGGACAGCCUGCAUAAGCUCAAACCUUCCGGAUAUCAACAUCUUCGCCCUCGGUAUAGUCACCUCUCGUUCCUUCAUGCCUACCACUAAUUGA